GUCGGAAAAUGGGCGACAUUAUAGAAACACAGGCAAUGGAUGAUGUCGCUGUCUACGAACUUCAUAGUGGCACCGGAGAUGGUGCAGAUAUGGUAUUCGCAUUUAAUGGCUGCUUAAUUUCCGUCUCCAUAUUUCCUAGCAACGGAUCGUCUACAAAGGACACCCAAGGACAGGAAGAUCGCCCUCUACAGGACCAUCUUAUUGAUCUCAUAGAGAAGGCUACUGUGUGCCAGGACGACGACAAGUAUGAGGAGCUUGUGGAUGAGGUCUUUGCCGUGAUUCUUGAAGCUGGAAGACCUCUUUUCUGUCAGCUGAUAUCUUCGCAAGAUGAACAGGCUUUAAGCAAAUCUCUGCAUCAUUACUUAUUUCCUCUUUUCUUCCACUUCCGUUUGGAGGCCCCUGCUCCUACUGGUAGUGUCUCUAUUAUGGCCAUUAGCUCCAGCGAAACAAAUACCAUUCAUACAGUCGACCCUGCCUCAGACCAAGGUUUUCAAGAAAAGUUGGAGAUCUGCCAAGAUUUACCUCGCUACACACCUGAGGAAGUCUUUGCUACCGAGGUGUUUGAACGUGGUGCAAGGACUGUUACGGCUGCCGUCCAAAUACAAGGGCGAGACAUGUUUUGCAAGCCGAGUGGUGAGCCAGGAGGGCUUUAUGGGACCAGUAAAGGACGAGAGCUUGAAUGCCUUCAUAAGAUACGGGAAUCCUUUCCAACAGGAUCUAUACGUGUUCCUCAACUUCUCGGAUACGUUAAUAAUCAUGAUACGGAGCAUAUCUUGGGCUUUCUUCGACAGUGGGUGCCGGGGCGCAGACUUAGCGAUAUCAUCACCUCUGCUACGUCACAGAAUAAGGAGAAAUGGGCUUCCCAAAUCCGGCAAACCGUCGAGCUUCUUCACCAGCAUGGACUGAUCUUGGGAGGCGGAAAACCUGACAGCAUCAUCAUCGACGAGCAAGACAACGCCUGGCUGAUUGAUUUUGGUGGCGGGUACACACGAGGAUGGGUUGACGAGGAUCUAGCUGAAACAAAGGAAGGAGAUGAGCAAACCCUGAACAGGAUCAUGGAAUUGCUAAGCGGAGGUGAGGAGAUGUCUUCGUCUUCAUAG